AUGAAUUUCAGGACAAACAACACUGAGGUGAAAGCUGACACAAAGAAAACCACUCGAUCUCUGCCCGGAUACUUAUCGCUGGAAAGAAAUAUAAAAGAAAACAAAUGGGAUGUCAGUCAAAAUAAGAGAGCAGUAAGUGAACUGUGUACAGCUUGUGAGAGACUCUGACCCUCUGUGUUUAAGGGCGUUGACUUCUACACCUCCAUUACAAGGGCACACUUUGAGUAUCUCAACUCUGAGCCAUUUGAGAAAGCCCUACAAGAUGCCAAAAUGGAGAAGUGCAAGAUCCAAGAAAUUGUCCUUGUUGGUCGCUCUACAAGAAUUCCCAAAACCCAGAAGCUCUUGUGCUAUUUCUUUAAUGGCAGAGAACUGAAUAAGAGCAUCAACUGAGAUGACGCUGUGGCAUGUGGUGCAGCAGUCCAAGCUGCUGUCCUCAUGGGUGACACCUCAGAGAAUGCACUGGAUGUGGUUCCCCUGUCACUAGGCAUCGAAACUGCUGGUGGAGUUAUUGCACCUCCACUCAAAUGUAACACCACCACCCCUACCAAGCAAACCAUGAUGAAGGACAACAACCUCUUGGGGAGGUUUGAGCUGACGGGUGUAACUCUUGCUCCCCGAGGUCUACAACAGGUGGAGGUAACUUUCGACAUUGAUGCCAACGUUGUCAAAAGCACUGGCAAGGAAAACAAACCUACCAUCACAAAUAACCUUAGCCAAGAGGAGAUUGAUCACAUGGUACAGGAGAGGUAUAAGGCUGAGGUUGACCUGCAGAGGGACAUGAUUGCAGCGAAGAACUCACUGGAGUUAUACGCUUACCACAUAAAGGUCAGUGUUGAGCAUGAGAGUAUGAAAAGAAAGGUUAUAGAGCAGGAUGGUCAUUGA